CGCAAGGUUACUCUCUUUUCCGGCUGAACGUGGGCUUUGUUUGAUGACGAUCUAGGCGUUUAGGAUAUGACGUAGUGUAUUAACCCACGUGUUUGCCAAAAUAGCGUUUUGUCACAGUUUAGUGAAGAAAAGCAGGAAAAUGAUGGGUCUCUCUUUCCAAGAUAAGAACAUCUUGGCUCCUAUGGUUCGGGUGGGUACAUUGCCAAUGCGUCUCCUUGCACUAGAUUAUGGUGCAGAUAUUGUGUACUCUGAGGAACUGGUUGAUAUAAAGAUGCUGCAGUGCAAGCGUGUUGUCAAUGAUAUACUGCAUACUGUGGAUUACGUGUCUCCAACAGGGAGAGUCAUUUUUCAGACAUGUGAGAGGGAACGUCACCAUGUUGUAUUUCAGAUGGGUACAGCUGAUGCAGAAAGAGCUCUUACGGUUGCCACACUAAUACAAAAUGAUGUUGCUGGGAUUGAUAUUAAUAUGGGCUGCCCUAAGGAAUAUUCGACCAAGGGAGGCAUGGGAGCAGCAUUGCUAUUGUUCCCUGAGAAGAUUGAAAUGAUACUGAGUACACUUGUUAAAGGGGUUUCCAAGCCAAUCACCUGUAAGAUCCGCAUACUACCUUCGCUAACUGAAACUAUUAGUCUCGUGAAGCUCAUUGAGAAAACAGGUGUUGCUGCUAUUGCUGUUCAUGGAAGGAGUAAAGAUGAAAGACCGCAGCAUCCUGUUCAUUGUGAUGUUAUCAAAGCUAUUUCCCAGGCUGUAUCCAUUCCUGUGAUUGCCAAUGGAGGAUCACAGGAGCUUAUCCGGCAAUUCCAAGAUAUACAUGCAUUUCGUUCUGCAACAUCAACAUCAUCUGUCAUGCUUGCACGAGCUGCUAUGUGGAAUCCUUCAGUUUUCCGUCAAGAGGGUUUGCUGCCAGUGGAAACUGUUAUACGUGAUUACAUUGUAUAUGCCGUGCGCUAUGAUAACCACUAUACAAAUACUAAAUACUGCCUCUGUCAGAUGCUUCGAGACCAGUUGGAGUCUCCCCUAGGAAAGCGCCUUCAUGCUGCUCAGUCUACGCUGGAGAUCUGUGAGAUAUUUGAAUUGAGUGACUUUUAUGAGAGCUGCAGAGCUGCACAGAAAGCAAAAAAAGCAGACCUCCAAUCUGUGGGUUUGGCAACUACAGUGAAGAAUGACGAUGAAGAUCUCAAUGCUAUAAGCUUGCCCAUCAGAUUUGACAAAAGGAAGUACAUGUCACAGUUCACUCCUAAAAUGUUACUGCUAGAGUGGUGUAGGAAAAUGAAGUUACCACAGCCAGUUUAUCAUACAGUGCAGCGGCCAGUUGACAGAUUUUUCCACUCUAUUGUUAAAGUUGAUGAAAGGCAAUAUGCAUCAACUUUAUGGGACAAAUCAAAGAAGUUGGCAGAGCAGUCUGCAGCCAUUGUUUGUCUUCAUACCCUUGGCCUAACAGAAGUAAAGAUGAAUGAAAGUGACUCGGUGCAAAAUAGAAAGCGAAAAUUACUAUGCCAAAUAGAUGAAGGAAUCAGAUUAUUAAAUGAAGAGCAGAAUAAAAAAUUACACCAACAUGAUCCAGAACACAGACAGCAUCAUGAUCCAGAGCAUGAUGCAGCAUCAUUUUAAAUGAAUCAGGAAUGCAUAACUGAAAACAGAAUGAUUUCAUCUUUGAACACCUUGACAAACAUCUUAAACAGUUUUAUUUCUCUUAAAUGGGAGUAUUACAAAAAAUCUAAUUGUAUUGCACUGUGGAGAAUGAAUGCUCUAGAGCUGAUUAAAGAGAUACUGACACCUGAAAUUAAACCUUUUUUACAUCUAUUAUAAUAUUGGCUUUGCAAGCUACUUCUAACUUUGCCAUAAAGUAUUUGCAUGAUGCUUUUACAUUACCUGUCUGAUCCCCCAUGUUCCUGUAUGAGGGGGCUGCCAUAUUUGUGCAGCAGGAGUCCGUUAGCAUUAGAAACUGUAACUAACAGGCUGAGAUGGGACAGUCAGGUUGGCAAAGUCAGAGUGUCAGAGAGUCAGGUUUAGGAACUUCAACUAACAAUUAUAUACAAAAACAAACCUCUCCGCAAAAAAUGAUCAACAUGACCUAUAGGUAACAUUUAAUGUACAUUCAUAUGCUAAAAUUCAUUUUUUAGUGUCAGUAUCACUUUAACACAGGUAGUGAAAUUGCAACUCUGCAGUUACCAAUGACAAGAUUUCUAAAUUUAAAACAAGGUUGCUAUGGGAAACUGCUUUGAUGCCAUUUAGCACUCAUGUCAGAGCCUUCUAUCCAUAAAGAAGGUGCUUUUCGUAUUACAUUAAUAUAACAAAAGAGACUGCUAAAGCCUAAAAGUCAAUUUAGAAGGGCUCAGGGAAUGGCAAUGUUAUCAGUUAAACUUUAUAUAUUAGUUUACAUAAUGUUUGAAUUUAACACAUUUACAGAGGACACAUAUGUACUGCAGAUCAAUUUGUUCUUUUUAAAAAUAGCUAUCAAUUUUUAAAAAUAAACUUUAAUGACAUA